GGCUAGGGCAAAUCCAUCUCUUAUUAUUUAAGAGGAGAGAGCUAGAGCUCUGGCGAUGGCGAUAGAAGCGCAGCAGCAGCCCCAAUGGUUCACUCCAAUGAGGUUGCUCGUUCUCUUCUGUGUCAUCAAUCUCCUCAACUACGUUGACCGCGGCGUGAUCGCGAGCAAUGGCGUGAAUGGCGCUCCUGGGAACCAUACUUGCCGCGCAAACGAGGCUUGCUCGCAUGGAUCUGGGAUACAGGGUGAGUUUAAGCUCUCGAAUUUCCAAGAUGGUGUUUUGUCGUCGGCUUUCAUGGGAGGACUCCUGGUCGCGUCUCCGAUUUUCGCCGAGCUAACGAAAAGCUGCAAUCCUUUCCGGCUAAUCGGAGUUGGCCUUUCGGUCUGGACGUUUGCCACUGCUGGUUGCGGUUUCUCUGUGGGAUUUUGGUCGAUCGCAUCUUUUAGACUGCUUGUUGGAGUGGGAGAAGCUUCGUUCGUCAGCCUCGCAGCUCCAUUCAUUGACGAUUAUGCUCCCCCCGAACAAAAAAGUAGAUGGCUUUCGUACUUUUACAUGUGCAUGCCGGUUGGAGUGGCAUUGGGCUACGUGUUUGGGGGUGUGGUUGGAUCCUUGUUGCAUUGGAGGGCAGCCUUUUUCCUGGAGGCUUUGAUCAUGCUCCCCUUUGCGGUGUUUGGAUUUGUUUCCGCUCCUAUCAAUCUUAUGUCGAACUCUAAUGACGAUUUGUAUACAUUAAUAGACGAGGAGCAGUCCACGAUGGAGAAUAGUGAACGAUCAGCUAAAAGACCUGGUCUUUCAAAAUUGAAAGGCGUCCUUUAUGACUUCAGAGAUCUUUUCCAAAACAAAGUUUAUAUGAUCAAUGUUCUAGGGUAUAUCGCGUUCAAUUUUGUGUUAGGCGCCUAUUCGUACUGGGGUCCAAAAGCUGGUGAAGCGAUCUAUCAGAUGAAAAGCGCGGAUCUAAUUUUUGGUGGGGUUACCAUGCUGUGUGGAGUUAUCGGUACUUUUGCGGGAGGUGCCGUACUCGAUUUCAUUGGAUCUUCCAUACGGAACGGAUUCAAGCUCCUUGCGCUAUCAACUAUCCUUGGAGGAGUUGGAUGCAUGCUCGCCUUCUCGUCGAGAAACGUGGUUUUGUUUAUUUUCUUAUUCGCUGUAGCAGAGCUAUUUCUUUUCGCGACACAGGGCCCUGUCAAUCAGUUAAAUCUACAAAGUGUGCCUCAAGAACUGCGAGCGUUAGCUAUGGCAACUUCGACUGUCUUAAUACAUGUUCUUGGGGACGUCCCUUCCUCCCCUCUUGUCGGAUUAGUGGAGGAUAAGCUACACAAUUGGAGGUCGACCGCUUUGAUCCUGACCUCAAUCUACUUCCUGGCAGCCGCUUUUUGGCUGUGGGGAUUUCUUCUCUUCUUCUUUGGCUCAGUAGAAGAGAAACAAUCCCCACAAGCCGGGCAGGAAGAAACGACUUUGAUCCAGCACUGAACCUUCGACACCAUUGUAUAGGCGUGGUUACACAAAACCGCGCGGAAGCCGUUGGCCUUCCCUGGAAGCCAGGAAGCCAUCUGCGAGCAAGUCUAGUAUUUAUAUAUGCCGGUGGUAGACUCUCCUGCAACUUCUUUCUUUCUU